GGAAACGGCGGAGACGCGCAGCGUGUCUCCCCAGCAGCUGCGGGAGAGAAGAAUGGGAGCAGAUCAAUGGAUCGCAGGCAAAGCAGCGAGUGAAAACAUGAGGACAGUGGACAGUUUGAAUUACAUUUAUAUUUAAAAAAACUUAAACUAUCUCCAUCUUAACUGGAGUUCCCCUCCUCUGUUUGUCCCCCCUUACUGAGGGCAGGGAUAUUCAUCAUCUUGGAGAACAAGGAGGAGAAAAAGGGGGGAUCUCUUUGUGAAUCCUAUUUCACCGGGAUAAAAGCCCGGCCGCAGAGUGGAGUGCUGGUUUGACCUUUACCCUUAGUAGGAAGAAAGGAAAAGCCACUUCAGAGAUGGAGCAGGUGUCGGACGAUGAGCUGGACCAUGGAGCAGAGGAGGACAGCGACAAGGAGGACCAGGACCUGGACAAGAUGUUUGGGGCCUGGCUUGGCGAGCUAGACAAGCUCACACAGAGUUUGGAUGAUGGCAGGCCACAAAAAGCACUGCAGAAACCGCCCCUCAGGCAGGAGACGAAUAUGGCCAACUUCUCUUACCGCUUCUCUGUUUACAACAUAAACGAGGCUCUGAAUCAGGGAGACGCUGUGGACCUGGAUGCUCUCAUGGCUGACCUCUGCUCCAUCGAGCAGGAGCUCAGCACCAUCUCCAAGCCAAACUCAACAUCCCGCAGCCAGAGCAAAGGAGGACAGAGGGGCCCCGGGGGCCGCAGUGCCAGCACCAAGCACACUGGCACCAGUGGAGGAGGAAGCAGUGGAGGAAGUACCAGCAGCAGUGCCAGAGCCUCGCCAGCCAACACGGUUCGUGGCGGCAGCGUUAACUCUCGACCCGGUGCUUCCAACAUCUCCCUGGACGACAUCACCUCCCAGCUGGAAAAGGCCUCCCUCAGCAUGGACGAAGCUGCGCGUCAGACUUCUUCUUCGUCAUCGUCUUCCUCAUCUUCAGUUUCCUCCGCAGCUCUGCGGCGUCCGUCGUCCGGAUCGUCCGGCGGCGGGCAGCACCGCAGGACUGGGUCGGUGGGCACGAUCAGCGAGCAGGAGGCCAAGUCGCAGCGAUCAAGCGUGAAUUCGGCGUGCGCCUCUGCUUCCAGCAUGGACUCCCUGGACACGGAUAAAGUGACGGCGGGCGUGGAAGCGGAGGAGCAGGGCAGUCCGAGCUCGCAGGGCCAGAACCAAACCAGCACAGAGCAUGUCAAACUGCGACGGGCCAACAGUCGUCCGGCCAGACGGCAGCUUGACUUCACCUCAGGCGAGGGGGAGGUGGACCGGGCCACUCAUUCCUAUCUGGACCGAGAAACCUCACUCAUUCUGAAAAGCAUAGCUGGGAAGCCCUCUCACCUCCUGACCAAGGAGGAGCAAGCUGCCAAGAUCAAGGCGGAGAAGAUCCGUGUCGCUCUGGAGAAAAUCAAGGAGGCUCAGGUCAAAAAGCUGGUGAUUAGAGUGCAUAUGUCGGAUGAGAGCUCGAAGACCAUGAUGGUGGAUGAGCGGCAGUCGGUCAGACAGGUGCUGGACAGCCUGUUGGACAAGUCGCACUGCGGCUACAGUCCCGACUGGUCCCUUGUGGAGACCAUCACUGAGCUACAGAUGGAGCGGAUAUUUGAGGAUCAUGAGAACUUGGUGGAGAACCUGCUAAACUGGACCAGAGACAGCCACAACAAGCUGAUGUUCAUCGAGCGCAUCGAGAAGUACGCUCUCUUCAAGAACCCGCAGAACUAUUUGCUAGGGCGGAAGGAGACCUCGGAGAUGGCUGACAGGAAUAAGGAAGCUCUACUAGAGGAAUGUUUCUGUGGUGGAUCUGUGUCUGUGCCAGAGAUCGAGGGGAUUCUGUGGCUCAAAGAGGAUGGAAAGAAGUCGUGGAAGAAGCGUUACUUCCUCCUCAGGGCUUCAGGGAUCUAUUACGUCCCAAAGGGCAAAGCUAAGGCGUCCAGAGAUCUCGUAUGCUUCCUUCAGUUGGACCAUGUUAAUGUGUAUUACGGUCAGGACUACCGCAGCAAAUACAAGGCUCCCACUGAUUACUGCCUGGCUCUGAAGCAUCCACAAAUCCAGAAGAAAUCCCAGUAUAUAAAGUACCUGUGCUGUGAUGAUGUCAGGACGCUGCACCAGUGGGUGAACGGCAUUCGCAUCGCCAAGUAUGGCAAGCAGUUAUAUGUGAACUACCAGGAAGCAAUGAAGAGGACAGAGGCGGCGUAUGAUUGGUCGUCUCUAUCUACCUCUAGCAUUCGAUCGGGCUCCAGUUCAGCCAGCAUACCUGAGUCGCAGUCCAAUCAUUCGGGUCAUUCAGACAGUGGAGUGGACACAGCCUCCUCUCAUGGCCGGUCCCAGAGCGUGGUGAGCUCCAUUUUCUCUGAAGCCUGGAAGAGGGGAACCCAGAUGGAGGAGAACUCAAAAAUGAGACAUGAGGCAUCGCGUGGAUCCACGCAUUCCUCCCACAGCCACCGGCAUCACAGCCAGCAUUCAGUGGACCACCCAAUCCUCACCCCUCAUCCGCAGCCGGAUCCGCCUCAGCCUAAGCAGUCAUCGGUGCAACAACCGCAGCAUCAGCCUCCGUCUCCCCCACAGAUGCUGCCCCCUCCUCCCUCAGAAAUUCUGCAGCCGCUGCCUCAGCCGCCAAAGUCUCCAGAGCCACAGCCCAGCAGCAGCUACGACCACAUGCCCCCACAGCAGCAGCCGCAAGAACCAACCGCUGCCCCUCCACCACCACCACCCCCGCCGCCUCCUCCUCCUCCACCCCUCCCUCCAGUCCAAAUGGUGUCUCACCACUCGCUGGCCCCCACAAUGUACAAGUUCAGCACCAUCACCAGGCUGCAGAACCAGAAGGGUUCCCACAAGUUACCCGCUCACCUCCACGCCACAGCGCAGCAAGUUCUGCCCCCACCUCCGACGCCGCCAGCCGCACCGGUUGUAAAGCCUAACGUGAAUCACAUAGCUGCUAGGACCAAUGUCCCUCCUCCGCCUCCCCCUCCUCCUCCCCCUCCACCCUCCAUGCCGACCCCAGGGUCCGCCAUGGCUGUUCUGAGGUUUGGCCCUCCAAGCCCGGCCACCCCUCCUUCCUUCAUCCCUCCACCUCCUGCUCCACACAGCAACGGUGUAGCAUUCCCUCCUCCUCCGCCUCCUCCGCCCGCGCCCCCUGCCUCCAUGAAACAGACUGUUUACUCCAACGGGCUCAAGCAGGCCUUAAAGGAGCGCUUCCCCAGUCCGCCAAGAGAACUCCUAUCUCAGAAUGGAGAUCUCGAGGACUCCCCGCCGCCUGCUCCAGCUCCGCCCCCACCUCCUCCGCCGCCUCCGCCACCACCACCUCCUCCUCCCCCUCCUCCCCAGCAGUUCCCAAUACCAGCUCAGUUCCCUCCUCCUCCUGGACCCCCACCUGCGCCACCCAAAACCUUCACCCCUGGCUUCAUGCCUCACUAUGCACCCAAGCCGAUGUCUCCGGUCUCACCCUUCCCUCCUGCGCCUACUCCACCACCGCCACCCCCUCCUCCACCACCUCCUCCUGCGCCGGCUCAAUUAAAGAAGCAGCUCAGCCUCCAGCAGGGCCACACACCCAGCCAUCCUCCACCUACCCUGCCUAAGCAGCACAGCCUUUCUAAGGCAACUGGCAUUUCCACAGGAGCCGCACCGACCGUGUCUUUGGUAAAGCAGCUCGCUAGUCAGUUUCCAGGGGCGCCGUCUCAAGUCGCUAAUCACGCCGAAUGCCCUAAAGCUCCCCUCUCCCCUCCUGCUGUAAAAACGAAACCAAAAUGGCAGCUUGGCGGUACCCAGCAGCCUCAGUCUCCAGAGUUCCCGCCUCCUCCAGCAGACAGCAACAAUGGCUUCCCUGCACCGCCUCCACCCCCACCGCCUCCCCCAGCACCCAUAACUGGCCCAACGCCACCUCCGCCUCCACUUCCUUCAGGAAACAUGGGUUCUCCAUUAAGGAGAUCCCCCUCCGGAUCCUCGAAUUUUGGUGGGAAGAAACCUCCUCCGACCCCUCAGAGGAACUCAAGCAUCAAGUCCAACUCAUCUGCCUCCUACGAGGAAUCCAGGAGGAACUUGCUAAGCAAGUUUGCUCCCCAGAGCAAUGCCGCCACCUCAUCCCAAUGUCCCAUCUCCUCCUCCAAUGGAUCUCCUUCAAAGGACUCUUCCAAUGGGCCACCUGCGCCUCCUAAACCAGGAAAGCUCAACCUGUCUAACUUGCCGCUGGGGCUGCAGGCUAAAGUUAGCCAGGCCAAACAGGCCGGCGGCGACUUUCCAUCUCCUCCACCCGAGUGCGCCAGCUUUCCACCACCUCCCCCGGUCUCUGAGCUCUUCCCUCCUCCCCCACCUCCAGGAAAUGACACUCAUAGCGGAGGCGUCCCAAGGGUAGCCGUGGUAAACCCUCAACCCCAAGCCCCGCCUCCACCACCGCCCGUCUCCCUUGUUAGCAACUCCAUUUGGGCGAAGAACUCCCUGAAAAAGACUCCACCGCCCACUUUAGGGCGACGAAGCAACGCCACCCCAGAGCCCCCUCCAAAAUCACCCCCUCCACCCACGUCCCCAAAAGGUAGCUCAGGUCAGCCUAACUUCCUGGAGGAUCUGAGCUUGACGUUAAAGCGAAAGUCGGUGGGUCGCCAAGGUCCGGGCCUCCCCGGCAAGCAAGACCUAGCGGGGACUAUGGACGACAUGGCACUGCCUCCACCGCCUCCAGAGCUACUCCUGGACCAGGGGAAGCAGAGCAACGGUGGAAACGGCGGCUAUAUGUCCGGAAACAUCUCAGGCUAUGCAACGCUGCGAAGGGGACCGCCACCUGCACCGCCCAAACGAGGGGAUGGGACCAAACUUACCGGAUAAGGUGGAAGUCUGAGAUCAGGACGUGACGCAGCUGACUGAACAGACAUUAUUAGCUAAACGGAUACGACAUCCUGAGCUGAUGAAAUUCACCUGAUCAUUACGUGACCUUGUAUAUAAAAAACAAACAAAUCCGACCACCAAUUCCAAACAGUGCUUUUUUAACACAAAGCAUUGUAAAAUAGAAGGAUUUACAGUAACAAGACUGUUAAGACUGGACCAGGUGGGUGUGAAGGAUCCAGGUCUGAGCCAAAUCAUUUUUUCUUUUUUUUCUUUUUUUUAAGCCAUGAAGAUAUGCCACGUACUGGAUAGAAAGAAAAACCUGAACCACAUUAGGACGUUUCUGCUUUGGUUACUGCAUGAACCACAUGUGACAACAAGCUGUAAAAAAAAAAAAACGUGUGCGCACACGUGUGAAAGAGAAACAUGCAUCGUCUGCAUGCAUGUUCACACAUGGUGAAGCAUUAAGGAAGGCUUUUAUUGAAUGUGAUGGUUUGGUUUUCUAUUGUAUGAAAUUAUUUAAAGACUGAUUGUUUUAAAGUUGUUUUUUUUUAAGCUUUUUUUUAGAAGUUUUCCUUUAAUCAGGAACAUGUUUGGUCCCAAUGGCAUUCCAAUUUAACAAGUUUUUAUGGAUAAAAUCUCAAUAAAUUAGAAUAUCGCUGUCAAGGUGCCAAACUGAAGACCCAAAAUUCAGUUCCCUAGGAUUUUGUUUUUUGUUUUUUACAGAAAUAGUUUAAUUCUCGGCCACCAGGGGGCGCCAGACCUAUAACUUCAAGUUUGAAAGGAACUUGCAGCAGAAAAAUAAGUCACCUACUGUGUUUUGAAAUCUGAAAGCAGAGCGAUUUGGACCAGCAGACUGAGAAGUUGUGGAGCUUCACCCUUCUACAUUAAAUAAAACAGCAAAGAACCCCAAAAAAUAUGUCUGAUUUGGUAUGUAAGCAUUAAGGGGAGCUCAGGCAUGACUUGUUCAGUGACGGAUCUGACCGUUUCAAAUUCCAGUUUAUUUUUUUGACAAAUAUUGUAUAGUUGCCUGAAAAAUAACGUCAUAUUUCUCAAAUUAGUAAAUAAUUAGGUCAAAAGUUGGCCAACAAAAACUAUUACUGACAGAACAGUUGUCCAGCAGGUAGGUUGAUGCAGGGUUAGAUACUAAUGCUGGUCCCAAAGUGCUUAUCUAAGCAUUUUUUAAGGAAAGUUAAGUGGAAGGACAGUUUUUUAUUAUUAUUUUACCUUGUUUAUUCAAGUCCAACAUCAGAAUAACCAAGAGAAACUUUGUUUUCUUCAAUUUAUUUCAUUUUAAUCAGAACUCCGCUGCUUGGACCGACUCCCAGAGUUACUCAGCAUAAACCCAACAAAGAAUGUUGAGGGUGUCCUUUAGACGAGAGCCAACAAAGAUUGUGAGCAUAUAUUAAACUCUUUAGUUGGCUGACAUUUCUGUAGUUAAAAUCCCUUUGACGGCUCUUAUUAAAUCUUUCAAUUUUGAGGGGUUUCAAUUAUUUACGUAACGCAUUACAGAUAUUCUAAUGUAUUGAGAUGCACCGGUAGUGUUAACUGAAAAAUAAUGUGGUGAAAUAUCUUUUUUAUAACUCUGCCAAUGUGGAUUUGAAGGAAGCCUCAUUCUGAUCGCAGAAGUCCAGAGAAAUGAAACGUUUUUCAAAGACUUUUGCAGAGAUUGCUGGACUUUGCAAAAGCGAGAAAAUUCUACUUUUUUAAUUUA